AUGUCACCCAUCAGAGCCAGCACGCCCAAGAAGAAAAGUCUGGGGCCCAGCUGGAUGGAGAAGGGCCUGAUCGUCCUACGGCAAGUGGCCAGCCGGAACGAACAGACCCCAGAAGGGAAACUUCGCCAAAAAGAGCGCUCUCUCAGCAAGUCAGCUCAGGCCAGCAACCGCUACUACGGGAAGACGAGAGAUUUCAACAAGGACACCAGCCCCCAGGACAGCGGCUUCCUGUCUGAGAUGGAGAAGCUUUGGCACCAGUUUCUCACGCGUCCGGGCUGUCCCCAGUUCAGCACCAGGUCCACGUCCAUGACCCACCAUGGUUCAGCCAUGACUCUCGCUCUGUCCGAGGACACGUGCGUCAGCUCUGAGACCUGGAAGGCGACUGAGGACCUGCUCUCUGGUCAGGAGUGUGGACGAGACUCACCGACCCCCCACCCCCCGCCCCGCCUCUCGACCGGCUGCCGGCUUCCCUUUAGUAACAGCGCCUGCGAGUUCAAUCACCUUCGGAAGAAGACGGAAUCCCAGGUGUUGAGCCCGGCCCCCAGCAACCCGGUCCUAGGGCAGAGCUACCCGAGGCAGUGGGCACCUUGGUACAUCUCUGUCAUCCACGAGGAGGACCGGUGCCUGUUUGCACUGGGGAAGGAAGUCCAGCGCCUCUCUGAGCUGGAGGUGCAGGUCCAGAAGAAAGAUGAGGAGACCCUGGCUCUCCAGGAGGAGAGGGAGGCCUUGAGAAAGCAGCUGAAAUGCUUCCUGAAGAGCGAAAGCCAGGAGGCCUCGCUGAGCGAGCUCAUGCAGGAGCGGCCGUCGGAGUCCGCGCCGAAGCUGCAGGGGAGGCUGAGCGCCCGUAGAACCUUCUUCAGAGCCGAGGAGGAGCCGGAGAACAGGCAGCAGCUGCAGGGAGAGCAGGCCGUGACCGCCAGAGGCAAGGACCUGGAAGGGGGCAGCUACGAGGAGGAAGAAGGCCUGGAAAGGGAGGCCGAGCAGGCGGCGGCCGCGGAGGAGGAGGGUGGGAUGGAGCUGGAGGAGGAGGAGGAGGCCGCGGGCAUGGGGAGGGCCGCCUCCGGGGGGGCCGACACCUUCGAGGAGGAGCUGGUAGCCCAGCUGGAGGGGUGCAAGCAGCUGGUCCAGGAGGUCCGCUUCCAGCUGGCGGUCACGAGGACCAGACACUGCCUGGCGACAGGAGCCACCACGUCUUUACAACGACAAGUGGAAAUCCAAGAAUCCCGACUGCAGAGCUUCAAUACGGAGAACCAGGUGCUGCAGAAGGAGUUGUGGCAACGGAAGCAACAGCUGCAAGCCAUGUCCGACAAGUUCUCCAACCUCCAGGAAGACAAGAAGCACGAGGAGAUGAUGGGACUGAUCGAGAAGGACAACCUCCUCCUCCGACAGCAAGUGUCAGAGCUGCAGAAAGAAGUGGGCAAGCGGGAACAGACCAUCUCGGAGCUGGAGGCCAAGGUCAGCCAGCUGCAGGCCCAGGUGAACCAGAGCCAGGGCCAGCUGCAGAGACGGAAGCAGCCGCGGGAGGAGACGCAGAGCAAGAAUGAGAUGAUCCGGCCCGCGGAACAGCAGGCCCGCGUCGCCCUGGAGAGCGCCCAGUCCAGGCUCGAAAGACUAAGGAACAAGAUCAUCCAGGCCACCUGCAACACCAUGGGAUUCGAGUCCUUGACCAACGAGAUCUCUGACAAUGACAUCCUGGAAGCCUUGCAGAGGAUCAUCUCAGAGAGGACUGACUACCACAACCAGUUGAAACAGAAGGGGGUCAAAGUGCCCCCCCUGCAGCGGUCGGAGAUCUUACCCUCGCCCAGCAAGUCCAAGAAGAUAGCCUCCAAGUAG